CUUUUCAGCUGAUGAAUAUUCAAUCAUUUCAAGCCCGUCCAGUUCCAUAUCUGUGAUUUCAUUCAAGAGCUUGACUCUAAGAAGAGUGCGUCGGAGCAUCAGUGAUACGGAUACCGAUACCACACCAUCUUCAAGCACCGUUCAGUCGUUAUUUAGUAAUACCUCAUCAUCACAAACGACCAAAUCUAUAAGCAGUUCACAACCACUUCUUACAAUAAAGGACACAACAGUUAAAUUGGCUCCAACAACAGCAACAAUAUCUACUGCUAAAUCUGUUCCUAUUUCUACAGCAACCUCAAGUUUAUCUCCAUCAACCGCAACAACUUUGCCUUCAACAGCUGUAACAAAUGAUAAAGUCACUGAUACUUCUACAAAACAGUCGACUCAUUCUGUUACGGCCAAGUCCACCUCCGCCCCCCCUACUCCAACUACUACUAAUACACCAACUACAACCACUCCAGGAUUAACUACACCUUUGAUGAAAGUUGUUGAGGAUAAUCACAGAUACUAUAAGUCGUUAAUCAUUCAAGAGGAACUCAAUAAGCACUGGAUAAACAUGGAUGAUGGGCCAUUCAGUAACCACAGAGUUUUAUCUAACAAUCACAGAGUGGCUGCUCCAGUGAAAAUAAAUUUCAAAUUUAAAUUUUUUGGACAUACUGUAGUGAAUUUAACCAUAGCUACUGGAGGUUUUCUUUACAUGAGUCCAUUUUUACACAAAUGGCUAACAGCAACACAGUACAUUGCACCUCUCAUGGCAAACUUUGAUACCUCCAUUGGUAAAGGUUCAGAAAUAAGAAUCCUCGAUACUGAAAACAUGUUUGUAGUUCAUUGGAAAAAUGUUCAUCUCCACGAUCAGAAGUCAUCGAAAGAUGAUUCCUUUAAUUUCCAAGUGAUUUUACUGAAAAAUGGCACAAUAAAAUUUGUAUAUAAAAAGUUACCAAUAUCUCCUUAUUUUAUCAGUUCACAAAACCAUCCUGUAAAAAUAGGAUUGUCCGAUGCAUAUUACAUUGACAAAAAGGGUGACAGUGGUAUUGUCCGAAUAAUUUAUGAAUACCACAGAGUUACAAUUGAUAAGGCAAAAAUAAGACAAAGAACCGUUGUGAUACUUACUCCACUCCCAACCUGUAACCUUGCUGAAGAUUGCCAAACAUGUUUCACUCAGAAAAGCAACUUUUCCUGUAGAUGGUGUUCAACUUUGCAACGGUGUUCCAAUGGUAUAGACUGGCACAGACAGUCAUGGAUUGCAAAUAACUGUAAUAGUGUUGAAAUUAUGAAAAGAAAAGUGAAAUGUCCAAUGAAACCAAUUCCAGUAGCAGCAAUUAUUGCUGUUGUUAUAGUUUUAAUUUUGUGUAUUGCUUUGGGAGCUUGGUGUUACUAUGGUUACAGUCACCCAACAUCGCAGCUUGGAAUGUGGCUAAUGGAGAACCGACCAAGUCAAGUGAAGGCUAAAAUGGCUAACAUGAAAUUUUGGAAACAGAGUACACCAGCUGGAGACAAAUACAGGAUAGAAAGCAAUGCUUAAUAUUUUCGAAG